UGCAAUUCUUAGUCCAAGCCAUGAGUUGAGGCAUGGAAGCGGCUAAACACUAAGCUGAGCAGGUCUGAAAGGUGCUCUGCAUCAAGAUUCCUUCAGCUCUGGGUGCUGGCCAUGGCGCAGAACAGCACUGUGAACAACAGCAUCAACUUGCCCUACCAAGACCUGGCUUCCGAGGUGAUCAGGCGCAGGGUCGCCAUGGCCGCCAGAGAAGAGAUAAUUCCCGAGAAAAAUGAUAAUGCUAAGAAGAUGGUCUUCUCUUCGGACACGGAGACAGAGCCUCCUCCCGACAAGACCUACCUCGCCGAACCUCCUGCUCCACCGCCUUCACCAGCCAAGGAGUCCACUGUCUCCCAAGUAGGCACAACUUAAAUUACUUGGAGGU